AUUCUUUUGCUUGCAUUAGAUCUCGAGGGUUUUCACUAUAAAAGUAAAGAACAGGCUAAAGAAGAGAAACUUAAAGCUGCCAAAGAGACGGUGCCGUAUUAUUUGGAGCGUUUGGACGCUCAGGUGAAGAAGAAUGGCGGUUACUUUGUCGGCGGUACUCUGACGUGGGCCGAUAUCACUUUCGUCGCUCUUUUGGACUAUUUGAACCACAUGAUAAAUGAGAACAUCAUCGAAAAGUAUGAGAACCUGAAACAACUACAAAAGAAGGUUGAGGAAUUACCGGCCAUCAAGAGCUGGAUCAAGAAACGUCCGCCGACGUCGACUCUGUAUCAGAAUUAAUUUGGAUAGUUUCAUAAAGUAACGGUUUAUUUUUCGACAAAAUUAUUAUUAUUAUUCGUUGACGUCUGAUUUGAAUAAAAUAUUGAUUUUCUCUUUUCGGGAAAUCAAGUUUAUAUUCAUGUACGGCGAGCAUGUAUAAGAGGUUUAGGAAAUACGCACUGGAGAUACAAGUGUAUGUUUUAUCAAUCGUUGAAAGCUUGUUGCAUGUAUCAUCACAUGAUAAAAAUUUUAUUAGACUGUAUCUAAUUAAAGCUUCAACUAUUCUUUUUAUUGUGUAAUUUUGUACCUCAAUAAAUCGCUAUUUUUAUUUUU